CGUUCGAUGUCGGUGGAUGUUGCUAGGAGUUAGUUCCUGUUUUUCGUUUUGGCGCGCCUCCAAAACGCGGUCAAAUCGGCCGUCGAAGUUUUUGUGUUGUUUUCGAGGAGUUCAGAAUAGUGUUGCUGGUAGAAGAAAAAAAAACUCCGGUGAGCAGAAGAUUUUCCGGAAUAGUAGCCUCAGUUGACCCUUUUUCCGGAUCGAAAAGAAAUCGGAGGGAAGCAAAAAGUUUCCCGAAAUGUAGAACAACUACACAGCACAGAGGGUAGCAAAAAACAAGUAAAAGAGGCGGCUAGCUUCCAUUCGGAAAAGCUUUAAAAGUGUUUGCGGUGGAAUAAUCAAAAUAAGAAGAACGCGCUCUCUGGUGGCCAACCAGGAGUAGUAGGUAGUAGCGAGCGAGUGAUUUUACGGUCUGUCUGGCAGCAAAGUGGGUGGAAUUGGUGUGGCUUCCGGUAGGCCAGCCAAGGGUUGCGAAAAAAAAGCAACAACAAAAAAAUCGAAAGAGUCUAAGCCGGAAAGUGUGGGAAUGGAGCACCGGAAACGGCUUCUGUAACUCCGUUGAUGUUCGGCGAAGGAAUCCGGAUCUGAAGAUGAUGUGUAGCUGUGUAGACUCGAGUUCGAGAGAGUUGUGUUGAAUUUAGAUAUCGCAAAAUCGGUUUGAUUUGUCUUGACGCCUGGUACAAGUGAGAAGUGGGGGAAAACGGUGUCGAAGAAGAAAAAAUAUCACUUUGACGCAAGUUAGUCUUCAGCAAAGUUGAAAAAACCAAACGAAGAAGGACGCCCUUCCCGGAACGAAACGAUGCUGGUGGAAAUUGUUUUUCUAGUGCUUCUUCGUAUCAUUCUGCUGACAGACGUCUUCCCGCUAAAAUUGCAACAUGUUCGAAUACCCCCCUACAAGUUCCGUGGUGAAUCCGCCCUUCUCGAGUGUCAGUACGAGCUGGCCAACGGAAACAACAACGGCCACACCCAACAACACAGACCUCGACCCAGGUUCGAUAUUUUCCACGAUGACGAUUACUACAGCGAUGGCAAUGAUGGAGAUCCCUUGGGAACUGGGGGAGGGUUCAGUCCAGGAGGGGGAGGAGCCAUCGGUGGAGCUGGACCUGGAGGAACAACUGGAAGCACUCGAACGGAGAAGCUGUACUCGGUCAAGUGGUACAAGGACAACGAGGAGUUCUACCGGUAUGUUCCGUCGGCCAAUCCGGCCAUCAGGAGCUUCAAGGUAGACGGCAUCCGGGUCGAUCCGAAUCAUUCUGACAACAGCAAAGUGUUUCUCCGGCAGCUGUCGCUCAAAUCGUCUGGCGUUUAUCGGUGUGAGAUAUCAGCCGAGGCGCCUAACUUUGACUCCGUUCAGGGCGAAGGCCGGCUGGAUGUUAUAUACAUCCCUAAGGAUGGUCCACACAUCAGUGGCGAUCGAGAUGCUCGCUCUUAUCACAUGGGCGAAACCCUAGAGCUAAACUGCACCUCCGGUCGAUCCUAUCCAGCCUCAACCCUGCAGUGGUUCAUCAACGACGAACCGGUGACGGACUCGGAGCUCCUGAUACCCUAUCCUCGCUUCCAGAAUCCCCACGGAUUGAUCACCAGUUUUCUUGGCCUAAAUGUGAUCGUCGGCCCUCAUCACUACGAGCGUGGCAUCAUGCGGAUAAAGUGUGUGGCCAGCCUUUCGCCGGUUCUUUGGCGCGAGGGAAAGGAAAGCAUCCUGCAGUGGGAACAACCCACUUUCGACAAUCGAGAGGCCAUGCUGUUGGUUAAAAGUGGCGCUCAGAGUUGGAAAAUUUCGAUUAACCGAUAUCUGAAACUGGGAUCGUUAACAAUGUUUCUAAUCCAAGUUUUGUUAUGAAACUGAAACAAUACUUUGGCAAGUCCUCCCGCAACUAAGUAAAAUCACAAGCCUCCGAUUGAUGAAUCUGACGUUAAGUUUGACAAUUGUUUUCGAAGCGAAUGACAAACGCGUGCAAUGUUAAAUUGGGUUUAACAUUUCGGUGAUACUAAACAUAUAGGCAAUCGUGCAUAUCCCCCAAUCCAAAAGCAAAGCAAACAGUAUCAAUUAGUUUUAAACACAAUCAUUUUGAUGAAUGAAAAGAGAUAGGGUGGAAAAAAAUAACGCAAAUAAAUUGUUGCUUACUGUAAAAAAACAAAGUAGGAAAAACUAAAAAUGCGAAACUCUCCUUAUUGAGGUAGGGAGUCAUUAUUACUCAAAGUAACCUGUCCCCCAUUGAAAAAGAAAGUAUGUUAAGAAGUAAGAUAAAUUAGAAAUUUAAAGAGAUAUGUAAAUAGUAGAACACAACAGAAAAAUCUUAAGAAAUAAUUAUAUUAAAGUUUUUUAAUAAAAUGA